UUAAAUAUAUUUAGCUAGCAAUGUCUUCUGAAUCUAUAGCUAUCCCCGGCCCCUUGUUCAGUAAGAAGAAAAAAAGGAAAUGGUUGGACGGGAGGAAGAAAAAGAAGGUUUCUGGACUGACGCAGAGUGAUUUGCUCAAAACUGGAGCUGCUCUUCCUCAAAACACUGGAGAUAUAAAAUACUCCGAGAAUUGGAAAUCACUAUCACAGACACUCGGACUGUCGUCAGGUCGAAAGUCAUCGCUGCCUCCCAAGUCGCGCUCCACCAAAGCUAAAGGUCAGGGUUCAUCGACUGACCCUAUCGUACUAACAUAUGUUGACACACCUCCAACAACAAGCACAGCCGUUGAUAAAUGUAUAGCGCUGGACUGUGAGAUGGUGGGUGGUGGGGAGAAGGGUCGAAUCAGCAUGCUCGCUAGGUGUUCCAUCGUCGAUCACUGUGGUAAUGUCAUCCUCGAUAAAUAUGUUGCCCCGACGAACAAGGUGACGGAUUACCGUACCAGAUGGAGUGGUAUCAGACCCCGUAACCUUAUCGGUGCACCGUCCUUCUCACAAGUGCAGACGGAGGUGGCCGCAGUACUGGCAGGAAAGACUGUGGUCGGACACGCAAUCAGGAACGACUUUCAGGCUCUCCAUCUUCAACACCCGCUGGAGAGUGUGCGAGACACUUCAACGUACAAGCCAUUCAAAGAAAUGUUUGGGGGCCGGAACCCCUCUCUGAAGAACCUGGCAAAGAGAUUUCUUAAUGAGAGCAUACAGAAAAGAGAGCACGAUUCCGUACAAGAUGCUCGUGCAACUAUGAAAGUGUACCAGCUCUACAAGGAUAAAUGGGAGAGAUCAUUAACUCUCAGCAAACACUCCGUGUCUGUGCACAGAUGAUGAUCCCUCUGUCUGUCACUAUACUUACGAUUAUUUAUACUCGAUCUUGUUCAUCUCCCCAGUCAUAAUUCAUGUUAUUCUUAUUUAUGUGCACUUUAAUGUGCCAGUUAUCAUUUUCUGUUGAAUUCUUGACCAGCUAUAAUAUAUAAUUAUAUUAAUAUUA